GAAUUGUUUGAUUGUUCUACCCCUGUUCCCACUCUCCCUACCCUCCCCGUAAUAUGUGACCACCGGGACUUCUAAAGUACCACAUCAGUUUGUGCUGAUGUCGACGGAACAGGACACCGGGGCACUGCCACAACGCAGUGCCAGGCUCGCAGUUCGUACCAGUUCUGUGCUACCUCCACGGCCUAAGUAUCAGCAGCAGCGACUCAGCAGGCGGACGACUCCAGCGGCAUCAAGUACAGCUACGGCAGUACCAGGCACCACCGGGGCUCUUCCCGCAUGUCCGGUCCAAGGGGCGAGUGAGCCGUUGUCGGCUUACCUCCAGCGGGUACAGGCAUUUACCGAUGCGGUAGCUACCGCAAAGGCACAGCAGGAGGCAGCAGAGGCGGAACGUCAGCGGCUGGCCAGUGAGGCGGCUGGCCAAACUCAGCGGACUGCUGAGGCUGACGCCGUGGUUCGAGAUAAGUGGAACGCCAUCAGCAUGAAGUCCUUGACUCAGAACGAGAGUCACUGGACGACACUGCUCCAAGGCAUGCUUUUUGUGCCUUCGGAUUCACAGGCGGACCCGACACCGGCGGAGGAAGAAAGGAGUAACCUGGCUGACCUGAUGCUAAACGUGAUGCGGGCGACUCAGCAGAAAGAUGCUGCAGCUUUAACAGCCGCUGUUUGCGCUGCCGCCAGACAUCAGCAACAACAGCAACAGUUGUUGAGCACCACCACCGCACGCGUCAACAGCAUCGAGGCGAAGGCCUCAGCAGCGCCAGGCUGCACGACAGACACGGCGAAACAGCUCGGCGAGCGUAUCGACCAUGUCGUCAGUUUAAUCGGCGAACUAAGUAACUUCACCAGUCCGGCCACGAUCAGCAGCAUGGUGGCCACCAUCAAGACGGAGAUCACCAAGCUGCAGUCACAACCGGCAGCAGCUGCGAAGGUAUACAAGAUGCCACGUUUCAACAUCGGCAAGUUCGAGGACUUCAACAAGACCGACGCUUUGACAUGGUGGCAAGACUUCCUCACCGAAGCGUCCUACCACAAGGUCCCAGCCGAAGACAUGAUGAAGGCACUAUACCUCCAACUCAUUAGAGGUGCGCAGGCAUGGAUGAACCACCUCGCGGUUAACAAGGGAACCACUAUCGUCGAGCUACACAAACACCUCACGUGGGGGGAUUUUGAACAGUUGUGGUUCACUCGAUUCAUGGUCCGCAACGUUGUGAAGGCGGCCAUGAACGAGCUCUACACUUGCUCACAGGGAAGCAUGCCAACUCGAGACUGGACGAUCAAGUGGCAGAAGAUAGUGACCACACCAGGCUUCGAUUUGAGUUUCCCGAACCAACGAUCUGAGUUCUUCUCGCGAUCGUGCGCAGGACUGCGAACCGCACUCGGCAACGAGUACGAUUAUGCCUCGUUCCAGGCUAUUCUGGAUCGUGCGAACCUGGUCAUCCAAAUGGACGACAAGGCCGCAAACGAGAAACAGUCCCAGCCGCACUAUGUGGCAAAGCAGGGCUAUCAAGGACCGACACAUAACAAUGCCGUGAUUUCUGAAGAAUCAGUUGAUCUCCACGCUGCAGCAGCAUCCUCGACUGAUGGAGGAACUGCCGCAGCGCUCCCGCCGAAGCGUCCCAAGAGAGUGGGAAAGAAACCGGCGACACAAGCGACGACAUCGACUGGAACUAGGCAGCAACCAUGAACGCUGUUCAAUAUAACCAAG